CCUUCCAGGAGGCUCUGGCAACGCACUAGCAGCUUCCUUGAACUACUAUGCUGGGUAUGAGCAGGUGACUAAUGAAGACCUCCUGACCAACUGCACGUUGCUGUUGUGUCGCCGGCACCUGUCACCCAUGAAUCUUCUGUUGAUGCACACUGCCUCUGGACUGCACCUCUACUCCGGGCUCAGUCUGGCCUGGGGCUUCAUUGCUGAUGUGGAUCUGGAGAGUGAGAAGUACCGGCGCCUUGGGGAGAUGCACUUCACGUUGGGCACCUUCUUUCGCCUCGCAGCCCUACGCAUCUACCAGGGUCAACUGGCCUACCUUCCUGUAGGAAGCACCAUCUCUAAGAAGCCUGCCUCUCCCCCACUGAUGCACAAUGGCCCUGUGGACACAUACCUCAUUCCCCUGGAUGAGCCAGUGCCCUCCCACUGGACUGUGGUGCCCUACCAGGACUUUGUGCUGGUGCUGGUACUGCUAUACACCCAUCUGAGCUCCGAGAUGUUUGCAGCACCCAUGGGCCGCUGUGCGGCUGGCGUUAUGCAUCUGUUCUAUGUGCGUGCGGGGGUAUCGAGGGCCAUGCUGUUGCGCCUCUUCCUGGCCAUGCAAAAGGGCAAGCACAUGGAAUGUGACUGCCCCUACUUGGUGCAUGUACCCAUGGUCGCCUUCCGCUUGGAGCCCAAGAACCAGAGGGGUGCGUUUUCUGUGGAUGGGGAGUUGAUGAUGUGUGAGGCUGUGCAGGGCCAGGUACACCCUGACUGUUUCUGGAUGGUCAGUGGCAGCAGAGAUGUCCCACCCAGCUGGGAGACCCAGCAAAGGCCACCUCCAGAGAAACCUUUAUGACCUGGCCCCCUGUGCCUCUGUCUACUGUCUAGACUGAGAUGGGCAACCUCCCUUCAUUCCCUGGGAUGGGAGGGUCUGUCCAUUGUUCACAUGGAGGUGGUGGGACCCCUCUAUAGAGUGCAGGCAGGUGGGGCUGUGCUUCGAGAAGACAAGCUCAGUUCUCCAAAGGCCAGAAUGAGACCCUGGGCAGGAGUGCUGGCUGGGCCAGUUGCCUGUGGAAGGCCCUUCCAAUUGCUUUAGAAAUCCCUCGCUCAAGAAUCAAAUUCAAAUAAAAUGACAUUUCCAA